UUCCCUCCUCAGUCCUCACAUCCAUUCAUAUUUUUGCUGUCCUUUCUCUAAUCUUUUGCUUUCCCUAAUCCAUCCAUUACGUUUGGAUCCAUAAUCAAAACACUAAUCUCCUCCUAAUCCAGCUGCUAAAUACUUAGCCUACAUGGAGCUUCUUCUUCAACUCCCAGCUACCAUUGUUCCCUCCUCCUGCUACACAGCCAUCCUCAUCGUCCUCACAUCCUUGCUCGCCCUCUUCCUCUUCUCCAGAUCAUCUUCAACCAGCAACAAGCUCCGCCGGAAAAGUACACUUGUCCUCCCUCCGUCGCCGCCGGUGAAGCUGCCCCUGAUCGGCCACAUGCACCACCUCGCCAGCAACCCCUUGCCACACCGCGCCCUCAGGGACCUGGCCCACCAACACGGGCCCGCGAUCAUGCACCUCCAGCUGGGCCAGGUCCAGACCAUCGUCGUCUCCUCGGCCCAAAUCGCGGAGGCCUUCCUGAAGACCCAUGACGUCAACUUCGCCCAGCGGCCUCCGGUGCAUUCGGCCGACAUCCUCGCCUACGGCAGCACCGACAUCGUUUUCGCGCCAUACGGCGACUACUGGCGCCAGUUGCGCAGGAUAUGCACCAUCGAGCUCUUCAGCGCGAAGAUGAUCAAGUCGUUCGGUUCCAUACGGGAGGACGAGGUUUCGAAGCUGGUCGCCGCCGUAUCGACCUCGUCGGCGGCGGCGGGAGUUGACUUGACCACCAUGUUUUCUAAGUUGACUUACAGCGUCCUGUCGAGGGCCGCGUUUGGGGAGGUGCGAGAAGGCAGUGAGGCUUUCUUGCCGUUGAUCGAUGAUAUUAUUAGGGUGGCGUCGGGGUUCAACAUAGCGGAUUUCUAUCCUUCGUUUAAGUUCCUUCAUGUUCUCACCGGUGUGGAAUCGAAGUUGAACGUGCUCCAUGAGAAGGCGGAUAAGGUGCUGGAAUCCAUAAUAGCUGAUCACCGAGCUCGUAAGGGUGGUAAGAGAUCUGGGAAAGAAGAAGAAGAAGCAGGAGGAGAAGAGAGUGGGGAUCUUUUGGAUGUGCUUCUGAGGCAUCAUGAGGGUAAAGACAAUUUGGGAUUCUCGUUGACAACCGAAAAUAUCAAGGCCGUCCUCGUGGUAAUUAUUAUCUUUUUGGUUUACCUUCACUUAUUACUUGAGCAGAUUUGCACCAACAUGUCAAUGAAAAAAUAGGCUUGAAAUUUGAACCAAGUAAUGGGUCAUUUGGGAAAUGAUAGGAAGAUAUAUGGGGUUAAACCUUUCACAUUAAUGAGGCUCUUGGGAAAUGUGGGACAUGAUUGGUUUGGACAAUGAAAUUGGAAAAAAUAUAACAUUUAGGUUCAAAUUCUUAGAUAUGAGGACUUUGAGCACAAACUAUUGAAAUUGAAAAGGACGGAGAUGGUGUGAGUUUUUCAAAUUCUAAACAAUAUGGAAAUCUGAACUAUUCUACAAGUCAAUUCACAAAUUAUUUGUGUGCAAGUUAAUAUAAUUUUUUUAGCUAAACGAUGCACAUAUAAGAUUUAAACUAUAGUCUUUUUUGACGAGCAAAUUGAAAAAUGCGGAAUUUAUAAAGUUUAAAUUCCCAUAUCAGCGGAAAUUGAUCACAAAAUAUGGAGAUUGUAAAAGACAGGAGAAUGGUAUGACUUUUCCCGUUCCCACAAAAUUGAGGAAUUUGAACCCUAAUUCCAUUUUUUUUUCUUUGAUGAAAAAUUACAUUUUUUCACAUGCUAAUUCCUACAUAAUUUUUAGGAAAACCAAAGAUGAAUUUUAAUAUAAAUGAUGGAUAUGUGGGAUUUAGACCCAAAUUCUAUCAUCUCCAAACGAGUCCAUCUAAAUCUUUCAUCCGGGCCCAAUAAUGUUGUUACCACUUACCACUUACCAUGCUAUCACUAACAGGAAAAGAGAAAUUAAUGAAGAAAACUGGCCUUAAAAAUUAUUAGUUUAUCAUCUUCAUCUCAUGCUUUCUAUUGUUUUAAGCAUAAUUUGAAAAUAAUAUUAUAUAGAGCAAUUCUACUAUGUUAUAUAGUAUUGGUGCUUUAAUGUACAAUUUAAAGUUGUAUCAUUACAUUAAACGUAUAAGUUUAGGUUGUACCAUAAAGCAAUUUGUACCAUUAUGUUAUCAUAAAAGGUACAAGUUCAAGUUGUAUCAUAAAAAAAUUUGUACAAAAAGUAUAGGUACAAUCUGAAGUUGUACCAUAACAUAAAUGUACAAUUUUAAG